GAGAACAGGGGACUGAUGAUGUGGCGACCAUCACUUCUGCUGCUGCUGUUGCUGCUCAGGCGCGGAGCCCAGGGGAAGCCGUCCCCUGACGCCGGACCUCACGGGCAGGGGAGGGUGCACCAGGCGGCCCCCCUGAGCGAGGCCCCUCAUGAUGACGCCCAUGGGAACUUCCAGUACGACCAUGAGGCUUUUCUGGGACGAGAAGUGGCCAAGGAAUUUGACCAACUCAGCCCCGAGGAAAGCCGAACCCGUCUGGGGCGCAUCGUGGACCGCAUGGACCGCGCGGGGGACGGGGACGGCUGGGUGUCGCUGGCCGAGCUCCGCGCGUGGAUCGCGCACACGCAGCAGCGGCACAUACGGGACUCGGUGAGCGCGGCCUGGGACACGUACGACACGGACCGCGACGGGCGUGUGGGUUGGGAGGAGCUGCGCAACGCCACCUAUGGCCACUACGAGCCCGGGGAAGAAUUUCACGACCUGGAGGACGCCGAGACCUACAAGAAGAUGCUGGCGCGGGAUGAGCGGCGGUUCCGGGUGGCCGACCAGGACGGGGACUCGAUGGCCACCCGGGAGGAACUGACGGCCUUCUUGCACCCCGAGGAGUUCCCUCACAUGCGGGACAUCGUGAUUGCUGAAACCCUGGAGGACCUGGACAAGAACAGAGAUGGCUACGUGCAGGUAGAGGAGUACAUCGCGGACCUGUACUCCGCGGAGCCCGGGGAGGAGGAGCCCGCCUGGGUGCAGACGGAGCGGGAGCAGUUCCGGGACUUCCGGGACCUGAACAAGGACGGGCGGCUGGACGGGGGUGAGGUGGGCCACUGGGUGCUGCCCCCCUCCCAGGACCAGCCUCUGGUGGAGGCCAACCACUUGCUGCACGAGAGCGACACGGACAAGGACGGGCGUCUGAGCAAAGCCGAGAUCCUGAGCAACUGGAACAUGUUCGUGGGCAGCCAGGCCACCAACUACGGCGAGGACCUGACGCGUCACCAUGACGAGCUCUGAGCCCCUGCGCGCCCACGACAGCCUUGUCGCCCCGUGGGAUGACCCGAGGAGGGGCCCCCAACCGCGGCCCUGUCCGGCUCUGCAGGAUGCUGACACAGCCCCCGUGUCCCCCUGCCCUUGGGCUCUCAGGGACCCACUGGGUCAACUUCUCUCCCUGAGACACCACAGCCCCUCCCAGCCCGCCCCAGGGGCUCUCACAGACCCCGAGGGUGAGAAACCACCCAUUUCUCACUGGCAGAAUCUUCCAGCCCAGGCCAGGGACUCCUACCCCAAGCUCAGCCUCCAAGAGCCUCCACUAACCACCCCAGCUCCAGAUCUGAGCUUCAAGUCGCACAGACGAGAAACACUCCCC